CCAACCUCUCCAUCGACAGGGUCAUCUUUUCGUUCGCACACAUCCACACCUACCGAACAGAGGCAGAAAAACAGAGAGGGGAUGGCUCUCUAGGGUUCGCCCGCCGCCACCGUCGCCGGCCCCGUCGCCGGCAAGGCAUGUGGAUCCGGUCUCCGCCGCCCCCGGCCAUACACCGGCCGCAUCAGAUCUGUCGCGCCGCCGUCCCUUAGCACCUGCUGCCCCCGCUCUCAGUCCGCCCCUGUGCUCCACCUGCGCCGGCGCCGGAGCUUCAGCUGCACCACGCCGGAGGCCCCCCUUGCCCCCCAACUCCACCUCCUCGUGCCCGACUGCACCAGCCCUGCCCCAUCUCCUACCUUUGAGAAGAUGUCAAAAGCUAAUUGGAGUCCAGAAAUGACCACCAUUUUUUGCAAUCUCGCUGCUAAGGAGAAGGAAAAGGGGAAUAGGCCUACCAAAUUUUUGAACCCUGCUGGAUACAAGAAUGUAGAAGUUGGCUUCUUUCAGCAGACCGAAAAACUUUACAGUAGGCUGCAGUUCAAAAAUAAAUGGGGCAGUUUGAGGACCUUGUAUAGGGAUUGGCUGAUCCUAAAGAAUACAUCUACUGGACUUGGUUGGAAUGAUGAAACAAACACCAUGAUUGCUGAUGACGAAUGGUGGAAGAAGGCCGGUGAAGAAAACAAGGACAUCUUGCAGUUUCGUAAAUGUGGUCCUGAAAAUCUGAACCAAAUGAGCAUCAUGUAUGAGAAGAUCAAUGUUACAGGAGAAACUUCUAUGAUGCCAGGUGGUGAGCAUGAAGUGCUUGAUCUUGAAGAAGAUGAAACCGAGGAGGAAGAAGUGCAGACUACACAAGCCAAGAAGGCAAAGAAGGGGCCAUGGAAGAUAGAUGGAAGCUCUAGUAAAAAGAAUCCUGUUCAAAGGGAUUUCAAGCGCAUGGUUGACCACUUGAUUAGUGAACAUGUUGCGAUGAACUCACAUAAGGAUAGUGUUGCUACUAAAAUUGAAAAGAUUAUGGAAGAAGUUCUGGCAUGUGGAGCCGAUGAAACAAGUGAUGAGUACUUCAUAGCAACCAAGUCGUUUACGAAGUUUGAAAAUCGUUGUUUCUUUAACAAUAUGAAGACUAGCGAAGGGAAGAAGAAUUGGCUUAGGAGGAUGUAUGAAGAGCUAAAUAGGCAUUAGGAUUACACUUUAGACGUGCGAUCAUGAAUAUGUUAUUCCCUUCCUUUAUGUUAUGUCGCUUGAGACUUGUUGAACUAUAUUUCCUUUCUUGUUAUGUCACUUGAGACCUAAUGAACAAUAUUUCCCUUCAUGCUUUGUCACUUUAGACUUGAUCAACAAUAUUUCCUUUCUUGUUAUGUCACUUGGUACUUGUUGAAAAAUAUUUCUACCGAUUGUUAUCGCUUAUGUUGAUCCUGACAUACAUGUGUUCCUAAUAUUUCUGUGUUUAUGUAGAUGAGCACAAGUGAUAGCCAUAGUGAACAGUCCAAAAGUGAUUCUGAUGCUAUGCCAACCUCAAGGAGGCAAAGGAGAAAAAAUACAUGAUGGCUGCACUUGUUGGUAUCAUGUACAGUGAGAAGUAUCUCAUGAAAAAGAAGAGAAGAGUUCCGAUAAUGACCGGACAAGAGUGGGUUACCGAGAACUUGAGUACUCCAAAAGAUUGCUAUAACAUGUUCAGGAUGUACAAGCCUUGUUUUGAUAGGUUGCAUCGUACACUUGUACACACAUAUGGCUUGAAAGGAACAAGAAACAUGAGUUCAGAAGAAGCAUUGGGUAUGUUUCUCUGGACGGUUGGGGGCCCUCAAUCCGUAAGCCAAGUGGAGAAUCGUUUCAAGAGAUCAA